UCUGGUUGACGUCGCGAUGUCGAUCAAUAGGCGCCGUCACAGUCGGAAAACUCGCGCAUAGCCAACAGUUAGUUGUCGAAAAGCAAGUUGGAAAAUCCUUGAAUUUAUAUAUACUCGUAUAUAUAGAGAGAGAGAGCCAUGGCGGAGGAAGCGGAAAGCCUGGAGUAUUACAUAAAAUUCCCGAGCACGAAUCUCGCGACGAACGGCGGUGGAAACGACAACGAUUACGUCUUCGUUGUGAACGAGGAGAAGGUCCCGGUGAUCCUUCUCUUCGGAUGGGCCGGAUGCCAGGACAAGUACUUGGCCAAAUAUUCGAAGAUCUACGAGGAGAAAGGCUUGAUCACGUUGAGGUACAUAGCGCCGGUGAAAUGCCUCUUCUGGAAACGCUAUCACAUGAUCACCAUCGGCCAGAAGCUGGUGAAGCUGCUGCUGGAUCUGAACUUCGAAACGCAUCCCGUCAUCGUGCAUUGCUUCUCGAACGGAGGAGCUUUCCUCUACCAGAACUUCUCCAUGGCUUUAGAAAACAGUCCAAAACCGAUACAAGUGAAAGGAGUCAUCUUCGAUUCGGCCCCAGGUCGAAGGAGGAUCCUCAGCUUGUAUAAAGCGAUAUCCGCUAUACUUGGUGGAAGCAUGCUCUACAACUUCCCCAUGUCGUUCCUCAUCACCAUGGUCUGCUCGAUGAUUUGGAUUUGCGAAAUUAUCAACAAAUACAUUAACCGGAAGAAGAGUUUCCAAUCCGAUCCAUUCGAAAAGCUCAAGUGCGAGAGUAACAAAUGGCCGCAGCACUUCAUCUACUCCAAAGCCGACGAUUUAAUACCAUUCCAAGAUGUGGAGCAUUUCUCCAAGCACCGAGAGAAGAUGGGCAUCGAGGUGAGCUCCGUCUGCUUCGACAAGAGUCCCCACGUGAAGCACUACAGUCACCACCGAGAGAAUUACAUAACUAGCGUCUACAAUUUUAUCAACAAAUGUCUGAACGGCAGAGCAUAAGUUCCGUUCUCUCCUUCAUUUCAGUUUUUCUUGUCUCUUUCAUUAUUCCUUUUAGUUUAAUUUCCGUAAGAUCAAUGAGUCUCGUCGUGGUUACACACGUCAUCACAGACUAUAGUGACUUCUUCUGGAAGAUCGAAGAUCGCCAACAUUUUUACUUAAAAACAAUUACAAAACAAAAACGAAAUCCCAGUAGACCAGAUUCCAUGCACACAGCAAUUAAACACCAGAACACCAGUUCUUUGUUUUCUCUCUUAUCUGAUUACCAACAACAACAAAAAAAAA